UUAUUGGCAGCACAGCCCCAUCGAGACUCAAACUGUCAGUUUGAAAAUGUCACCCGCAUAACCAUUUGAAUACAUUUCGAUAAUCACCCAAACAAACCUUGCUGGUUCCUUGCAGCUUCACCCUCAUGCCUAGUUGCCCCAUUGGACUCCAUAAUCCCAACCAUAGCAGUCACUUAAAGCUGUUGUCACCUAUUUGAGGUUAUGUACGGCCGCACUCAACUGAGCGGAAAUUUACAAGUUUAAACCCACCUGUAUUCGACAAAACAAUGUUACUGCGAAGCAGGUUCACUCUACGAAAGCUUCUGGCCAUCCAGGCGUCAAAGCGAUGCGCUGACAAUCCUGGGCUGCGUGGAUUCUCGCACCUGUCACCCAUACAUCAAGAACCGUUGUUUCGUAAUCUAAAAACCUGCCAGGCCAAACACCGCAAUACGUCCAAAGACACAAAAGUCAGCGCCACUAUCCUCCCAAAAAAGGAAGACAAGGAGGCCUCUCAAACCCCCGAAACUACCAGUCCCGUUAUAAAAGUGCUGGCGCCGCAUCUGCAACCUGUAGACUUAUCGGCGGCAGCUGCUGCCGCAAAUAACAAAAACAUCAAAGAGCAAAGCUUGGAGAGUGUAAAGCCUGCGGAAAAAGCCACAAUCACCACGAAAAUCAAGGAAAAACUAAUCGGCCUGGACAAGAAGGAUGAACCAAAGGAACCGACUGCGAAACCCCUGCCGAAGAAGCGAAAGAAAGUGGACUUGACUGCCCAGUCGCUGGAAAGGAACUUUAUCACCCCAGUUAGGGCCAUGUCAGAUUUCCUGCUAAAGCCGUCCGAACUGGAGUCGCUGCCCAAAACCAAGAGGCGAUCGCCCUACGAGACAGAACCUCCAAUAACCGUCUACUGGAGAAGGGAUGUGGAGGCUAAAGCUUUGGAGGUUUGGGGCUCGAAGGAGGCCCUGCACAAGGAGCUCAUCAAGCGGGACAUUGAGAGGAAGAAGUACCAGCAAAACAUAUUCACCGUGAAAAGGCGCCUGCGGGACUACAGAAGGGAGCUGGGAAAAUCGGCGGAUAUCAUCGAGGAUGAAUCAGGCCUAAUGGGGCGAUCGGGCAGAGUGGUGCUUACAGCGGUUGUAAUAAACGGAACGAAUUGCCUCUUUAAGCUUUUCGCCUGGUUAUACACGGGCUCUCACAGUAUGUUCUCCGAAUGCAUACAUUCCUUGGCCGACACCAUAAACCAGCUCAUCCUUGCGUACGGCAUCCACAAAUCCAUACAAAUAGCUGACUCCUACCAUCCAUAUGGAUAUUCCAACAUGAAGUACGUGGCGUCCCUGAUUUCCGGUGUGGGCAUCUUUUGCGUUGGCACCGGUUUAUCGUUCUACCACGGAAUUUCUGGGCUGUUGCAUCCACAACCCAUGGAGGACUUUUUUUGGGCCUACUUCAUUUUAGGGGGCUCUUUGGUAUCGGAAGGAGCCACCUGGCUGGUCGCCUUCAACUCCAUUAGAAAAGGCGCCAGGGAGAUCAACAUGUCCGUCAAAGACUACAUUUUCCGCGGGCAGGAUCCCAGCGUAAACGUGGUGCUUUUGGAGGACUUUGCAGCUGUGGUGGGCGUGAUUGUGGCUGCUGGAUGCAUGGGAAUUUCCUCCGCCACCAACAACCCGAUUCCAGAUGCCUUGGGUUCUCUACUAGUUGGCUGUAUUUUGGGCUCUGUAGCUUCUUUCAUUAUUUACACCAACGUGGCAGCUCUGGUGGGCAGGUCCAUACCGGAGGAGAAUUUGGAGAGAAUCAACGCCGAGCUGGAAAAGGAUGUAAUGAUCCGGGCGAUUCACGAUGUGAAGGGCAUCGAUAUGGGCAACUACCUGGUCAGGUACAAGGCGGAGCUGGACUUUGACGGGCGCGAACUGGCUAGAUCCUAUUUGGACAAGCAGGACCUCAAUGAAUUGCUCGAGGAGGCCCGAAAGCUGGAAAAUAUCGACCAACUUGAGGAGUUUAUGCUGAAGCACGGGGAGAACAUUGUUGACCUGAUGGGCGGAGAAAUCGAUCGCAUCGAGAUGAAAUUACGGAAGAAGCACCCGGAGAUACGGCAUUGCGACUUGGAAGUACUUUAAUUGUUUAUAUGUGAGAGAAUGUCGCAUUUUAAUUAACCUCAGCAAAUCUCAGGCAUUGAGGACAGUAUUUGCUUUUAUUUAUUAGUUGGGACUCUCAUACUGUUGGAUGUCUAUUGCAAUAAGUGAAAGAUUGUUUUGGUUGCCUGUUUUGUACAUAAAAGCUGUUAUUGCUAAGUACUCUAGCUGGUGAUUUGCUUGACUGACACUCAUUAAAUAAUCCUCUGGC